AUGCCCCAGGACAAUGUAGGCAACACGGAUCACGCUGCUCAGCACGUGCAGUCCCCAACGAAUGUCGAUGACCCUAGUGAUGUCGAUGAAUUCACUCGCCUCGUCAAAUUCGUCUCUGCUUACCGAGAAUCCGACUUCGUCAGCCCCGACGAAGGGGAAGUGCGCAUCCACCGAGUGUGGUACGCCCCUUGGCGCAAGAAGAAAUUCCGCUGGAAACACACCGGUGGAGCCUCACGCAAGUUCCCUGACAACUGGCUCCUUACUGAUAUCCGAGAUGGCCUGGCUGAUGCGGACGUCGCUCAUCGGCGUAAUAUCGUGGGGUUCAAUGAAUUGGCUUCGGCGAAGGAGAAUCCGUUUGCGAAGGUUAUAUCAUAUUUUCAGGGGCCGAUUCUUUAUGUGAUGGAGCUCGCCGUUCUGCUUGCCGCUGGGCUAGAGGACUGGAUCGAUUUCGGCGUCAUAAUUGGGAUUCUUUGUCUGAAUGCCGCAGUCGGCUGGUACCAGGAGAAACAAGCCGCAGAUGUUGUUGCAAGUCUGAAAGCUGAUAUUGCGAUGCGGGCUACGAUCGUGCGUAAUGCGCAGGAGAUGGAUUCUCUUGCUCGAGAAUUGGUUCCAGGGGAUGUGAUCGUGAUCGAUGAGGGGCAGACCGUUCCCGCGGAUGCUAAGGUCAUUUGUGCGUACAAUAAUCGUGAAAACGGGUGGAAGGAGUAUAAGGAACUUUUGCAGGAAGGGAUGUUAGACGGGUCAAGCCCUCAAUCAGAUGACGAUGACCAUGACGAUGAUGGUGGAAAGAGACGUGGACAUGCAAUUGUAGCUUGCGAUCAUUCAGCGAUUACAGGGGAAUCGCUCGCGGUCGACCGAUAUGUAGGGGACACCGUUUUCUACACCACCGGGUGUAAGAGGGGAAAGGCUUAUGCGGUGGUCCAAACAACCGGCCAGAGAACAUUCGUUGGGAGGACCGCAGCUAUGGUGCAGAAUUCCAAAGACACUGGCCAUUUUAAGAUGGUUAUGGAUAGUAUCGGGACAUCGCUUCUGGUAUUGGUCAUGGCCUGGAUUCUUGCGAUGUGGAUCGGCGGGUUCUAUCGAAAUAUCCCUAUUGCAUCUCCAGGAGAACAGACGUUGUUGUUCUAUACCCUGGCUCUGAUGAUUAUUGGGGUCCCCGUUGGUCUCCCUGUUGUCACCACAACGACCUUAGCUGUUGGGGCUGCGUAUCUGGCGAAGAAAAAGGCUAUUGUGCAGAAGUUGACUGCAAUCGAAUCGCUUUCUGGAGUCGAUAUCUUAUGCUCUGAUAAAACCGGGACUUUAACCGCCAAUCGCCUCAGUAUCAGAGAGCCGUUCGUAGCCGAAGGUGUCGACGUGAACUGGAUGUUCGCAGUGGCAGCCCUGGCCUCAUCUCAUAACGUAACUGCGCUUGACCCAAUAGACAAGGUGACACUGCUCUCGCUAAAACAGUAUCCCAAAGCCAAGGAAAUUCUGCAGCAAGGAUGGAAGGUAGAGGAAUUUCACCCCUUCGACCCCGUCUCCAAACGGAUUGUCACAGUUGCAACGUGUCAGGGUGUCAAGUAUACAUGCACGAAGGGGGCCCCUAAAGCCGUUUUACAGCUGACCAAUUCCCCAGAGGCAAAGAUGUAUAAGGGGAAGGCGACGGAGUUUGCCAGUCGUGGAUUCCGUUCCCUGGGUAUUGCCGUGCGCAAAGACGACGAGCACUGGAUGCUGCUUGGGAUGAUGCCCAUGUUUGAUCCCCCAAGGGAGGACACCGCACAGACAAUCGCCGAGGCCCAGAAACUGGGUAUAGAGGUCAAGAUGCUAACUGGGGAUGCAAUAGCGAUUGCAAAGGAAACCUGUAAACUAUUGUCGCUUGGCACUAAAGUCUACAAUUCCGAGCGGCUCAUCGGCGGAGGCCUUGGUGCCAUGGCUGGGGACCUUGUUGAACGAGCAGAUGGGUUCGCGGAGGUCUUUCCAGAACAUAAAUAUCAGGUGGUUCAGAUGCUACAGGAGCGUGGGCAUCUCACAGCAAUGACGGGAGACGGAGUAAAUGACGCGCCCUCAUUGAAGAAAGCAGACUGUGGGAUCGCAGUCGAAGGCGCAUCUGAAGCAGCCCAGUCCGCUGCUGAUAUUGUCUUCUUGGAACCCGGACUCUCAACUAUUAUCGAUUCUAUCAAAGUCGCGCGGCAGAUCUUCCACCGCAUGAAGGCCUAUAUUCAAUACCGAAUAGCACUCUUUCUCAACGAGAGUAUCCGGAGUGACCUAGUCGUGUUUCUAGCACUGUUUGCAGAUCUCGCAACGGUCGCCGUGGCAUAUGAUAACGCAUCCUACGAGCUCCGUCCUGUCGAGUGGCAGCUGCCAAAGAUCUGGAUCAUCUCCGUUAUUCUCGGGAUCCUGCUUGCAGCAGCAACAUGGGUGAUCCGGGGAACUAUGUUCCUCCCCAACGGUGGCAUAAUCCAGAACUGGGGCUCAGUCCAGGAGAUUAUAUUCCUCGAAGUGGCACUUACCGAGAACUGGCUGAUCUUUGUAACUAGAGGCGGCGACACAUGGCCAUCCGUUCAACUAGUUGGUGCGAUCUUAGGCGUUGAUGCCCUGGCCACGAUCUUCUGCUUGUUUGGCUGGUUCUCAAAUAGGGAUAUGGCUACUAACCCGUUCGACAAGCUACUUGACACCCCUAAAGAAACUCACAACGGAUGGACCGAUAUUGUGACUAUUGUCCGUGUCUGGGGGUACUCAUUGGGUGUGACUAUUGUGAUUGCGUUGUUGUAUUAUGCCCUAAAUAAGAUUCGAUGGUUGGAUGACGUAGGCCGGAAGAAGCGCAGCAGAGGCGAGAUCCAGGUUGAAAAUAUCUUGAGUCACCUUGCCCAGGUCACUGUUCAAUAUGUACAGGAGGCUGAGACAGGAAGUGGACGAUUUUUCCUGGCAUCCAGUAAAGAAGAGGAAGAAGUUGAGUAG